UAAACUCAAUUGAAAUUUGAAAUCGGUGAAAUCCAUUCAAUUUAGUUUCAUGCCACAUGUUGAAGGUAGUGGCUGUUACUUUCGUUGUAGUAGCUGUAGAAAUUUAGGUACUUAGUUUGUGUUAGAUAAAUAAAUAAAAGAAAACAAGUUAUGUUAUACUAAAUUUUCUAUUAAAUCAUGUGGUAAAAAUUAAAGAAUACGAUUAUCAUUAAAAUAGCAUAAAGAAACGACAAUUUAAAACAAAAAUAAUAUUAACUAAAACGUAAGCGAAAACGCUUUCGGAGAAAUUUCGUUUUUGAGUAUUCUAACGAAUACUUAACAUCAUUAUCAAAAAAAACAGAGGAUUUAAAAAGUCGAAAUGGGUCUAUUCAAGACAUUGACUGCUGUUACAAUUUCCUGCGGGAAGACAGGACUGAGGAAUGGAAAUUUGCCCAUACGACCUCUCUUAACGUGUGCUCCGGUGGCGUUGACCUGGGACCGCGGCGCUCACACGCAGGACAUCACCAAGAACAUACAGUACAUCACCAAUGACAAAAUCAAACUCAAGACAGAUCCGAAGACUAUGAAAUUGGACAAACAGCUGAACCGGCCGACAUGUGUUAUGAUCAACUGGCUGCUAGCCAGGCAAAAGCACGUGAUGAAGUAUGCAAACCUGUAUCUCGAGCAGGGUUUCGACGUCAUCUCAGUAUCCUGCACGCCCUGGCAACUCAUCUGGCCCCUCAAGGGCUCGCAGCUGGUAGCGGCCGAUCUAAUAAAGUUCAUGGCUGCAAAUGAGAACGAUCAACCAACCGUUGUACACGGGUUCUCAGUCGGUGGCUACAUCUGGGGCGAGGUGUGCGCCCAUGUCAUGGACAAUAGGGAACGAUACCAGCCAGUGAUAGACCGCAUAUCGGCUCAGAUAUGGGACUCUGCUGCGGAUAUAACUGAGAUAACCAUCGGAGUACCAGCCGCCGUCUUUCCGAAGAACAAGAUCAUGCAGAAGACCCUCAAGGCAUAUAUGGAAUACCACCUGAAGACAUUCCACGAGGCGGCCACAGCGCACUACAUCCGCUCCUCGCAGCUGUUCUACACGAACACGUGCCGCGCGCCCGCGCUGUUCCUGCUGUCGGCCAGCGACCCCGUGGGCGCGGAGCGGAGCAACCGGGCCGUGUACGACAGCUGGUGCAAGAUGGGCGUCAAGUGCACGUGGCAGUGCUGGGACCGCUCUCCCCACGUGCAGCACUUCAUGAAGCACCGCGACGAGUACGUGGCGCUCGUGCGCGCGCACCUGCAGGCGCACGCGCUGGCGCCCGCGCGCGCCGCCCCGCGACGUGCGCACGCGCACUGAGCGCGCCCGCCCCGCCCGCUGCUGCACGUGACGUCGUGAUAUAUAGAUAAAUAAACGCCUAACACUUCCCCCACUAGAAUUAACUCCUGUGUCGGCGAUUCAGAAACUAAGAAUUAAAUACGCAUUCAUCAUUACAGCCUAUACAGUCCACUGCUGGACAUAGGCCUCUACAAGUUUACGCC